CUCUAUCCCUUUGUAUCCAGAGGGAGAAAGAUUUUGCUUUUCAUUUGAUUUCUCGUUAUCUUUCUGAUAUUUUUUUUGUUUCUAAUAUUUUUGGUAGUAUGGAAACAAAACAUGAGAAAGAUGACCAAUUAGAGAUAGAGCCAAUAAACAAGAGUCCGACCAUGAAGACGAAAAAGAUAUCACGUGGGAUGCACGUGUUCUCCGUCGUCAUGUUCAUGCUACGUCGUCGCCGGAGGAGAAAGGCUUUCAACACCAGGUUUUGGAGGCGUGUGGUUGAGUCCGUACGUAAAGUACAUUCCGAGAUUACGAUAAUGCCAAAGUCAAAAUCUACCAACACAAUCCUCCUCCCUCCGGCUCCUCCUCCGGCAACAGAAAAUGGACAAAACGGCGGGGAUGAUGCUGAUGGUGAUGAUGUUGUUGUUGUUGCUGAUGAAUCCAGGGAUCGUUUAACGGAGGCUACUGAGGUUUUCACGGCGGCAUCUUCUUCAUCAUCAUCCGGAAUCUCGGGAUAUGCAUCUGCUAUGUCUUUACGUGAUUUGGAUCAUCACUAUGAUGAGGAUGAAGAUGAAGAUGAUGAUGAUGCUGAUUGUUAUAGCGAUGUUGAAGGAGGGGAUGAAAUGAUAGAUGAGAAAGCUGAGGAAUUCAUCGUGAGAUUUUAUGCGCAAAUGAAAAUGCAAAAUCAGGUUUACACUGAACGUUGCAAAGCCAAAGGGAUAAUGAUAAACUGAUGAUAAUCAAUGGUUUACGUCGGUAUCGUGCAUGCAUGAAGAUGAGAUUAUGGAUAUG